AUGCUGCGGCUGAACGCUCGACGGUCCGUGGGUGCGUUCCUGCGACAGCGCACCGACGCGAUCCGAUGUGCAUCGACGGCAAACACCUCACAUCAACCUAACGCCCCCCUCGAACUCGACCCCGCGUUCCAGACGCUGUUGAGGGACGUUGAAAUGUCUCUACGGAAGAAGGCAGGAACAGGCUCCGACAUGCACGGUCCUCGGGAAUUGGAACUUUUCCCACACGAUUCGGACGCUACGCAGGACUACUUGACGUCGGCGGGGCUCGACACGCAGGAGACAGAGGGCCAAGGAAGGAAGUCUCCUGCCGCUGCGUUCGGGAGCCAGGGCAUUGGGGCAUUGGUUGUGCCCCUUGAAUUGCAGACAAGCAUCGAAAGGAUGAUCGCAGACUCGGAUAAAUCUCAGCUUCGUCAGUCCGCCAAACGCCUGUUCGAGCAAGAUUCGGGAUCUGAAGACGGUUGGAGCUCUGUGAUGGGUUUCAGGUAUCGCACGGGCAAGGUCGCGGGGCGCCAUGCCCUGCCGGAUGCAACUGCGUUCGCGACUGUGGCUCUUCCCGCACAUUACUCGGCAAUUUACGCGGUCCUUGACCAUCUCAAACAACGGCUUGGACCUGAUUGGCAGGUGCGGCGCGUGAUUGACUGGGGCGCGGCCACCGGCAGUGGUUUGUGGGCAUCUACACACGCUUUCCAACGGACCUCGGAGCCGGUGGAAGGCACGCCGUUAGAAGCUGAGCACAGUCAGAUGUCGCAGACUGCACUUGACAGCUAUCUUGGUCUUGACAAGAGGGAGGGACUGGUGCGGAUUGGGAAGCGGCUUUUGAAGGAUCUCGGGAAGGGGGAGCUUGAUAUCUCCUGGCAGAAGUUGUUCCAUGAGGACAAUGCCAUCGACCGCGUGGACGGCCCGGGAACAAUGGCCCUGUCAGCAUUCUUGCUGUCAACUCUUCAGACAGACGUGGAUAGGAAGCAGCUAGUCAAGCAGAUGUGGGAUAGUGGGGCCGAAGUAAUGGUCAUCAUCGACCACACCUUUGACCAUGUUGCAGGAGCGCGAGACUACCUUCUCAAACUUGGCCAGAAGGAGGUGCAGGAGGCUUCAGACUCGGAUUACCCCUACCCCAUCGGCACUCACGUGGUGGCACCGUGUCCCCACGACGGGGCAUGUCCCCUCUACGACCCAGGUCGGUCCAAAUUGGCAUGCUCGUUCUCUCAGCGGAUGCAGCGCCCGGCGUUUGUCCGCAAGACGAAACACUCAGGCACAGGGCACGAAGACAUGCGCUACUCUUACGUUGUCAUCCGCCGUGGACCACGCCCCGCUCCUGCGACAACCAGGCAUGGUCGUAUCGGCGACGUCGGACGACGUGCGCUUGCCAAGGAAGAGGAGACCGUCCCUAUUACGCAGCUCUCCUUGGCUGAAGCUCAUCACGAACAUAGCGAGGAUGCCUCUUCGCAGGUAGACAGCGCAACUGUCCAAGACCUGUCACCACAAGAGUUACCCCUUGGACCAUCCGAGUUGGCCGCUGCGCUGCGACACGAGGCGUACAGCUGGCCGCGAUUGGUGUUCCCGCCUCUCAAGAGAAGUGGUCACAUCAUCAUCGAUGGCUGCACAGUAGAGGGUCAGAUCAUGCGCAUGACCAUUCCUAAGUCCCAAGGGAAGCAGCCUUUCUACGAUGCACGGAAAUCUUCUUGGGGCGAUAUUUUCCCUCAUGAACCCAAAAACCCACCCCAGGUGCGGCGGGGAUCCAUAGGGUCGGAUGAGCAAGGGCAAAGUCGAUCCAUCGGCAAACGCAAGGAGCUACGGAAAAAGACGAAGACGAACAGCUACGGGGAGAUUGCGAAACAGCUUGAAAGCGAGAAGAAAACCCUCCAGCGGUCCAUCCGGCGGGCCAAACGGCGACAGGAUGGUGAUUACGACGAUUGA